GCAGGACCGGAAGUGGUUUCGGCCCUAGUGGAUCCGGGUGGGUGCGCGCAGGUGGCCGAGGAGGGUUCCAGUUCUUCGGCGUGAGGUGCCGCAGGUGUUCGGCUUAGGUCCCGGGUCGCAGAUUGUGGGAUUAGUGAUAUGCUUUCCUAAACAGCAAAAAAAAAAGUUGAAGAUGUCUAGAUACUUAAUGGCUUUGACAGUGACCACCCUCGUCGGUGUGGCCGUUGGGGGGUUUGUCCUGUGGAAAGGCAUCCGGAGGCGGAGGAGUAAAGCGAGCCUUGACACCCACACCGGGCAGCAGCAGCAGCCGCAGCAAGCACCCAGCAGGGGGGAGUCACCCUCCCCGGAAGAGGACCAGCAGUGUUCCAGUGCCCCCCGAGCCUGGUGGGAGGAAAGGAUCCUCGGAGCGAAGGUGGUCACCGUGUCCCAGGAGGAGGAGUGGGAUCAAAUUGAGCCCUUGCUUAGGAGUGAGUUACAAGAUUGUCCAGUGCUUGGAAUUGACUGUGAGUGGGUGAAUUCAGAAGGCAAAGCCAGUCCUCUGUCACUCCUUCAAAUGGCCUCCCCAAGCGGCUUCUGUGUCUUGGUUCGCUUGCCAAAGCUGAUCCGUGGAGGAAAAACACUACCAAAAACUUUGUUGGACAUUUUGGCAGAUGGCACUAUUUUAAAAGUUGGAGUAGGAUGUUCAGAAGAUGCCAGCAAGCUCCUGCAGGACUACGGCCCCGUGGUUAAGGGGUGUCUGGACCUCCGGUACCUAGCUGUUAGGCAGAGAAACAAUUUGCUCUGUAAUGGGCUAAGCCUGAAAUCACUUGCUGAGACGGUUUUGAACUUUCCGCUUGACAAGUCCCUCCUGCUUCGUUGCAGCAACUGGGAUGCUGAGAAUCUUACCGAGGACCAGGUGAUUUAUGCUGCCAGGGAUGCCCAGAUUUCAGUGGCUCUCUUUCUCCAUCUUCUUGGAUACCCUUUCUCUAGGAAUUCAACUGUAGAUGAAAACGAUGACCAUGUGGGUUGGAGAAAAGUCUUGGAAAAUUGCCAGGAUAUGGUAGACAUCCCAUUCCGAAGCAAAGGACUCAGCCGACUGGGGGAAGAGGUUAAUGGGGAAGCAGCAGAAACUCAGCAGAAGCCAAGAAAUAAGAAGUCCAAGACAGAUGGAAUGACGCCAGGCAACCACCAAGGGAAAGACCCCAGAAAGCAUAAAAGAAAGCCCCUGGGGGUGGGCUAUUCGGCCAGAAAAUCCCCUCUGUAUGAUAACUGCUUCCUCCAUGCUCCUGACGGACAGCCUCUCUGCACUUGUGACCGAAGGAAAGCUCAGUGGUACCUGGACAAAGGCAUUGGAGAGCUGGUGAGUGAGGAGCCUUUUGUGGUCAAGCUGCAGUUUGAACCCGCAGGAAGACCCGAAUCUCCAGGAGACUAUUACCUGAUGGUUAAAGAGAACCUGUGUGUAGUCUGUGGCAAGAAAGAUUCGUACAUUCGGAAGAACGUGAUUCCGCACGAGUACCGGAAGCACUUCCCCAUUGAGAUGAAAGACCACAACUCCCACGACGUGCUGCUGCUCUGUACCUCCUGCCACGCCGUCUCUAACUACUAUGACAACCACCUGAAGCAGCAGCUGGCCAGGGAGUUCCAGGCCCCCAUCGGCUCUGAGGAGGGGCUGCGCCUGCUGGAAGAUCCUGAGCGCCGGCAGGUACGGUCUGGGGCCAGGGCCCUGCUCAACGCGGAGAGCCUGCCCGCUCACCGAAAGGUGGAACUGCUGCAGGCGCUCAGAGAGUUUUACCACACAGACACAGUCACGGAGGAGAUGCUUCAGGAGGCCGCCAGCCUGGAGACAAGGAUUUCCAAUGAAAACUACAUUCCUCAUGGGCUGAAGGUGGUGCAGUGCCACAGCCAGGGCGGGCUGCGCUCCCUCAUGCAGCUGGAGAGCCGCUGGCGUCAGCACUUCCUGGACUCCAUGCAGCCCAAGCACCUGCCCCAGCAGUGGUCAGUGGAUCACAACCAUCAGAAGCUGCUCCGGAAAUACGGAGAAGACCUUCCCAUCAAGCUGUCCUGAGAGCUGCUCUCCUCCCAGGAUGGCUGGGAAGCUGAGCCAAGGUGGGAAAGUCACCUCUUCCUGUGUCAUUAAUUGUCAGAGCCUAGUGUCACAACGGAAUGCUAACCCACGCCAAUCCCAGGAUGCUUCUGGUGGAGGCGGGCUGUUGCUUCAAGGGGAGCUUAUGGUUUUGGAUUUUACUUGGGCAGAGUGAGAAUUCCUUUUGCUUCCCUCUUAUUUUUUGUGGACAAAAGGGCCUUGGCCUUUAUUUUACUUUCCUUCUUUUGCUUCCUGUGCACAGACAGCAGAUGAAGGAUUCUCCCCUGAAGUGACUUGUCAAGACGCUCAGGUUUUUAAUACAUUUCUUCCCUGCCCAGUAUGUUGUUUUUUCUCAAACAGGGGCAGUCAAGUAUUUUAAUCCCAUUGGGUUAGGACAGGAGAAAUUCUUGCAGAGGUUGGAGAGGUGAACAGGAGUCAGAUUCAUUUCCCCAGUUCAAGCUCAUAAUUAUAAAUUCCUUAACUUCAUGCUCUCCCACAUCUCACCUGGUUGAGAUCCAUCCCAUCUAGGUCACUUCGGUUUAUUUCCAUACUUGAGGAUGCUCCCCUUUACACAGCCAGGACCAAAGCAGCGACUUCCUGCCAUAUGCUUCCACCCUAACACUGGAGGAAAUCCUUUUCUGGAAAUAGGCCUUCUAACUGGGUGGGGCAGAAAGAGGUACAAGCAUCAUCUCUCAAGAGAACUUUGAUAUUUGCUUCGCUGUCCCUUUCAUGCUGUUUGUUGUCUAUUCAUUGCAAUCCUCGUGUCCAGAACUGCAAGGUUUUCUAGCUGAAUCUCCUUCUGAGAGGAAGAUUCUCUACUCUCAGAAUCAGUGUCACGUCCCUUCCGUGUUCUGUGUUCCUUCCGAUUUGUAAUACUGACCUCUUUUCAACACUUAAUUCUCUUGGAGUCCUUUGGUCGGGUUGCGUUGGAAGGAUUUCUCCACCCGCUCUCGUGGGUGGGACUCUGAGAUUAAUUCAUAUACUUAGAUGUUCAGAACAGUGGUGUUUCAUCUCUUUAUAUGAAGCCACCACUUUGAGCAUAAAUUAUUAGUGAUUAGCAGUUUUUCUAAAGUAUGAGGAGAGGUUUUUUUACUUGACAAGUUCGUAACAAACUUAGUGAUUUUAUGGCCAGAAUCCAACAGGAGCUGUUUUGAAAUUGUGCCCAAGUUGGUGAUGGUUGCUCUAACACUCAUAAAUAAAACUUCUAAGCACAAAGCUCACUGACUGUACAUGUAAAACUUUUUUCUUCUCGGCUUUGUAAAAUCAGUAAAUAUUCUUGGGGGAGGAGAUAUUCACUCCUGGCGUCCCUGCUGUGGGCAGAAGCAUGGCACGCACACAGGUACACCACGCACAGCGAGCACAUGGACGUACCACGCACACGGACGUACCACGCACGGCGCGGUUUCAGCCCAUCAGCGGAGCGUCCGCAAACGGGUGUGCGUUUUGUUCGUCCGCCGCUUUGUGCCCUCUUGCCCCCAAACAGGCAUUGUUGGGCUCUAAACUAGAGAUCCUUGAAGAUGAACAAUACCAGCCUCUUCCAGCACCGUAUGUUCAGUGGGGUAGGUCAUUGUGGGCCAUGUGCUCAGUGGCUGGACCCCAUGCUCCGGAGUCCGGGGGUGAACCAUGGGGCGUGACGGGUGGUCGUUAGAGUGGUCAGGCUUGCCACAAGGUGGCACUCACAGAUUCUGUUUUAUAGUCAGUCUUGAGAAACAGGGCUUUUAUAUAUGGUUCCUGAACACAGCUGAUGACUUAUGUUUCCAGAUCCGUGUAGCUGAUUUGGGGCCAUUUGAAUAGGGUUACCAGAAAAACUUCCUCUGAAACUGUCAGUAGGGUGCUUUCAUUUUGAUUCCUUGUGUUCCUCAUGCUAAGAGGGGAGAAACACGAGGUUAUUUAGGUGCGGUGGUUGCUGUAGGAAGAAGGAAUGGAUUCUCCAGCAGAGCUGUGGGCCACCAGAGCCAACAGGCACCGUAGAAAAGGAGGCUAGACUGGCACACAAGAUUUCUCACCCUUCUCAGAAGUUACUGUGUGGAUUUGACUCUUCAUUCUCUUGAGUCAGCCCUUAGCACCCUUUCCCGAAGACUGACAGUGGUGACCUUGAAUGAGAUAUUUUAGGGCAGGCAUAUUAUAAAAGAAGUAUUUAUUGCAGUGUAUGUUCAUGAGAAAUGAGUCUAAAGAAGGAGUAAAAAAUCAUCCAUCUUCCCUCCAUCUAGAAAAGAGCUAACCUUUGCUGGGAUGUCCACAAAUUUCCUUCACUAUUUAAAAAUGUGUGAAAUACAAACAGAAUUCAGAGUCAUGUACAUAUAGACUGUGACAUCCUAUUUUUUACCCCUCACUUAACGUGGUACCACAAAUAAUUAAUUUCCUAUACCCCUCAUCUUUGAAAGUAGAUUCGUAGUGACUCUUCCAUACUUCAGUUGUCCAUUCCCACACUGUUGAAAUUUUGGUUGUUUCAGAUCCUUUGUUAAUGUCAGUGAUAUUGUGUUGAACUGUCUUUUGUAUAAAUCUUUGACUAUAGCUUUGAUAAUUUAUUUAGGAUAGAAUUCUAGUGAUUGGAUGGGGCAGAGGAGGUCUCACAUUUCUGGAGUGAGUACCAAUUGAUAUCACCUUUUAGGAGCAUAUAUCAAGGGACUGCUUCUCUCUAACCCUUUAGCUCGUGUCCCAGUACAUUUACUGAGCCUCCAUGUGAGCAGUAGUGAGAGGACAGGGUCAUGGCAAGGGCCUCUGAAUGUACCCGGAUCAUUGUGUUUCUAGGCUUAGAGUCUUCUCUCUGCCUCCUCUUUAUCUCCCAUCCUUUAUUGACUCAUUUCCCCUUGUAGUCAGUGUUUUUUGGAAACACUAUUUUAAAAUAAAAACUUAAAAUAAAAGUUACAAACAGGUCUUUUUUGUGUGUAUGAUACACAGCAGUGAUUUGCCAUCCUAAAGUGAACAAGGCACAAUGUUCAGGGAUUUGUUGCUUUUUAAGAGUGCAACCAUAAGUUACUUAUUCUUAUCCAUGUCACGGAUGGAGAUCAGAUGACAAAAUGUGUUCUGUUGAAAUAAAGCCAUUUUAAUCCCUCAUUUUAGACUCUUAGGAGCCCAGCAGGCAGAAAGAGCUUUUAUUUGGCUUCCUUUCUUACCUGUUAGUGUGGGGCCCUAACAUUUGACUAUAAUCUGAAUUCUCAGUUUACCUUACCUCUCUUGAGUUUUUCAUUCAUUUGUUGAUCGUUUUCCUUCUUUUUUUUUCCCUUCAUCAUGUCCCAUCAUCACGCUAUCACUUUUUACUGUUAAAGAAGACAGUUUCUUGGUUUGCUAGUUUACUAAUUGUUACAUAUUUUAAAAGAGUCCUUCUUCUUGAUCUUUUGUCUUUUCUGUUGCUAAGUGGCCAUUUUUAGAAUGCCUGAUCUUUCAGGAAUACAGUGGGAAUCAGUUUUUCUUGGGUGAGAUAAGCUGAAAGAGGGUGUAAGAAUGACAUUGCUGUAAUGAACUCUUGAUCUGAAUAAUGUAAAUAUAAUACAUAGUCCCCAGAAUAUUUUUGCUUUGGAAUUCAGUGAUAUACUUUAGCUAUUCACCAAGUUACCUCCUCAUGCUGAAGCCUUAUACCUUCUUCUUGUCCCCAGUCCCGGAGCAGUUUCAUAUCCAGUGAUGGUCUGGGGUUUACAUGCAGCCGGGCAGCUUGCUUGUUCCAAUUACCUAUCCUUCCAGCCUGCUAGGAGAUGCUUUAGUCACCCCCCAUCCCCUGCCUUUUGCUUGAGGCACCAAGGCCCUCGCUUGAAUGCCAGCAUGUUAUCUGGGAAAGUGGGAAGUACAUUAGUAUUUCCAUCUAACGAGGUCUGUCUAUAUAGCCCACUCUUGUUGGAGGUCCCUAGAUACUGUGGGUAACUAGACCAAAUGGGUCAUCAUUUGAGGGAUAAUCAGGAAUUGACUUCCUUUGCACAGGAAUAGGGAAUAUCAAAGGACCUGCUUCACGCAUCCUGUGUUGCAUCCUCUUCAGAUGUAGUAUACACUGCCUUAAAAGGUCAUUUUCUGCUCUGAAUGGAAGUAAUUUCCCUGCCUUCCAGACUGAAUCCAAAGCAUUUACCCUCCUUCUAGCUUCCUUAUUUGUUAUUAAUUCUUGCAUUUUCCUCUUGCUAAGUGGGUAGUCUGUUGCCUUUUCUGCCUGCAUAAGCUCCAACAGCUGCUGAGUUUGGAGUCAGCAUUAAUAUAAGCAUGAUGUGUGGUCCAGAAUAUUCCUGAGUAGGAGAGGCUACUUUUACUGUACUCCUGCUUCCCAAAGAUCUCCCUUUUCAGGCUUCAACAUGCUGGGGCAGAGUUGGGAUUCUGACUCUCCAGGCCACCAGGGUAUCCAUUAAGUCCUGGAUAAGAAUCAAACAUUUGAGCUUAGUAAGCUAACAGCUGAAAAGAAAUGGGAGAUUAAGAUAUGGGUAGUUUUAAAAGAGAUAUGUUUAUUUGGUUCGUGGGUUGAUGGGGUUGUAGCCCAUGGACUUAAUGUUCUAUUUUGCUUUUCCCUGUACUCAGUUCUAUUGUGUGUUAAAGGAUCAGAGGAACAGCCUGGUGACCUAGGUUUUGGUUCUGGCCAUUACCUGUAUAUCUUUGGACUAAUCACUUAACUUUUCUGGGCUCCUUUCUUUACCAGUAAAGUUAGAAGUUAAGAUUAGAUGUGCUGUAAGGACCCUCCUGGCUGUAGCAUUCGGCAAUACAUCCCACUGUUUCUUAUGUGGCGCUUUCCCUUGGAAGCUGUGUACCUUCUGCUUCAUCGUUGCACACCCUCAUCCCGCCCCCAGCUCUGGGAAUGGAGACUGUGCACGGAAAGGGGGGGAAUGAGGGAAGCAGGAUGCCACACCAUGUCCUCCUGGCCUCAUUGACUAGAGAGAAGCCUGGUUCCUCCAUCUGGUGUUCCACCUGAGGUCAAAAUAUACUUCUCACCAGAGGUGUGCUAUCUGUGGCCUUAGGAACUCACAGUUCACUAUUCAGCAAUAAAGAAAGAGGAGAAAUUUGUAUCUUCAGUUGCAUUGCUUGUGCUGUAAGGUUUAACAAGAGAUAAGCACAAAAUGGAAAUGAGGCAAGUUUGCCAAGUAUUGUAGAUGGGAAGAUAUUGAGAAAAAAGGAAUGAGUGUUUCUCAUUUUAAGGAUAGGAGAAAUUAAGACUAUACUAUAGAGGACUGAAUAGAAUUAGGUACUUUAAAAGGAAAACAUUAAACCAAUGAGUUAAAAAUAUUCUCUCUUUUUUUAUGUUGUCAUGACUGCCUAAGAAAAUUUGAGGGAUCCAGUGUUAACACAUUGUUACCCAUCCAUAAGUCCUAAGACAUGAUCACCUCACAGGGAGACUGGGAAGUUUCUGGGGCCUGCAUCUUGUAUAACCCUGACUGGCCUUGGACUUUGUCCCUCUUACCUUUGGCAUCUAUAAAACAGACAUGCAUAAAAUAUAGUUUAUAUUCUAUAAACUGCUGAAAGACAUUUCUGUGUAUCUAUAUCUGUUCCCUAUAACCUGACAAAAAAUAUGUUUCCCUGUUCCUUUUUGUGCUUCGUUCAGUCCCAAAGAGGGUGUUGGUGUAUUGGCUUUUCUUUGUGUAGCACAUAUUUGGACCAAAUAUGCUAAGCUUGCAGCUCUUUUUAUAAUAGUUACCCAGAUACAGACAUGAGCCCCCAUUUUCUAUCAAAUUAUGGUCACUUUGUUGCAUUUUGUUGCAGUUUAGUUCCAGAAAAAGUAACCAGAUAGCCAAAAGGGAGGUUAAAGUAUAUUUCUUUGCCUCUGAUGGAUGAACCCUAACUUCAUCUAAAAUUCUGACAUCUUCCAUCAUAUCCCAUAGAGCCAACUAGAGUCCCAGCAAGCUAGCUUAGUUUUUUUUUAAAUUAAAGUAGGUAUGUAUGGGCCCUGGAGGUUUGGUAGGCCUGAGCUGUAGCAACAUACAUGCAACUUCCUCUGAGUUCUUGGAUGCAAUGAGCAGGACUAAUGUUGGCUCCAAAAAGGGACAGAAGAUGGCUUGGGGUUAGUUUUUCUUUUUUUAAAUGUUACACAAGUGCAGAGCAGUUGGCUGCCGUCCCCCUCUCAAACCAUCAGCAGAGCUUGACCUUGGCCAAGAUUUUGCAUCAUCUUCUCGGCAUCUCAGCACAGAGUUGCGUUUCAGCCGUGGAAUGCUUAACCAAAAGCACAUGCUGUAGUGAUGGUUUCCAAAGAGCAAGUUUUUGCAGAAAGUCUACACCGUGUUGUCUUCUCAAAACACUAGUUUUCUCUGAACCACCUACCCAAUAAACCCCAAAUGGUGAUUCUUUGACUCAUUCUUUCUUCACAAAGGCUAAGCUUUUUGAUGUUGUUAAUAAUACUUUAUUGAAGCACAGUGUAAUGAACAUACAAUGAAGUACAAAUCUUUUUUUUUUUUUUAAUUUUAUUUAUAUGACAGAGAUCACAAGUAGGCAGAGAGGCAGGCAGAGAGA